CGCCUCUCUCUCUGAAACAAACCCCUCUCUCUGCGACCACAGAGAUCUCAUCAAUGGCGGCCGCAGCAGUAAUUCCCUCUCCUCGUGAGGAGAAUGUUUACAUGGCGAAACUCGCCGAACAGGCCGAGCGGUACGAAGAGAUGGUUGAGUUCAUGGAGAAGGUCACGGUCACGGCGGAGUCCGAGGAGCUCACCGUCGAGGAGCGAAACCUCCUCUCCGUCGCUUACAAGAACGUAAUCGGCGCUCGCCGUGCUUCUUGGCGUAUCAUUUCUUCGAUCGAGCAGAAGGAAGAGAGCCGCGGCAACGAGGACCACGUUGCCACGAUCCGUGACUACAGAUCUAAGAUCGAGUCUGAGCUUUCCUCGAUCUGUGAUGGCAUCUUGCGUCUCCUUGAUUCUAGACUCAUUCCUUCUGCCGCCGCUGGUGAUUCCAAGGUUUUUUACCUCAAGAUGAAGGGUGAUUAUCACCGCUAUCUUGCCGAGUUUAAGACUGGUGCGGAGCGUAAAGAGGCCGCUGAGAGCACUCUCGCUGCUUAUAAGUCGGCGCAGGAUAUUGCAAUUGCGGAGCUCGCUCCAACCCAUCCGAUCCGGCUAGGGCUUGCUCUUAACUUCUCUGUUUUCUACUACGAGAUCUUGAACUCUCCAGACCGAGCCUGUAAUCUUGCGAAACAGGCAUUCGAUGAAGCCAUUGCGGAGCUGGAUACACUAGGAGAGGAGUCCUACAAAGAUAGCACUCUGAUAAUGCAGUUGCUUCGCGACAACCUUACAUUAUGGACCUCUGACAUGCAGGAUGAUGGGGCUGAUGAGAUCAAAGAAGCACCUAAGCGUGAGGAGGAACAGCAGUGAAGUAAUUAACUUUCAGAUUUUUAUCUCUUUCUCCUCCAUUUGUUUUUAAGAGGGAGAAGGGGCUUGGUGCCAGCUUCUACGAGUUUUUUUAGCUCUACCUUUGAUUUCUCUGACCUUUUGAUGUACCGGGUUGUUAGUUUGUGUUUUCAUCUUCAAUAUGUUUCUCUAAUUAUCUUCCAUUGUCAAGAGUUUGAAGUUUAUGUUUGAACUGAGCAUGUCAGACGUUGCUUUCUAUAUUAGCUUGAUGAUGUCCUUUCUUU